AUGAUCGUGGAGGCCAUCGCGUCGCUCCGGGAGCCCAACGGCUCCAGCCAGGCCGCCAUCGCGCGCCGCAUCGAGGCGGCCCACGGCGCCGGCGGCGACCUCCCGCCGUCGCACCCCGCGCUCGUCGCCGCGCACCUCUCCCGCAUGUCCGCCGCCGCCGAGCUCGUCGCCGUCGCCGGGGGCAAGUACGCGCUCCCCCCGCCGCCCUCCAGCUCCCUCGUCGAGGAGGAGGACAUGGAGGCGGAGGUGGGGGAGGAGGACGACGAAUCCUCCGACGACGCGCCGCUGCUGCUGCCGCCCCCGCCUCCCGCCAAGCGCGGCCGCGGCCGGCCCCCGAAGGUGCGCCCGCCAGGCUACUACCCCGUGGGGGCUCCCGCCAUCAUCGGCGCCCCUCCUAGCGACGGACUAGCCGUCGCCGUCGCCGUCGCCACCGCGCCGCGCCGGCGGGGCCGCCCGCCCAAGCCGCGGGACCCAGACGCGCCGCCCAAGAUCCCGCGCCCGCGCGGCCGGCCGCGCAAGAACCCGCUCCCGGACGGCAUGGCGCCGGUCCCGCGGCCCGGCUCCGCCGCGGCCAAGCCGCGCCCGCAGUUCGCCGAGGUCGGCUUCGUGUGA